UCUUACGCUCGCAACUCCCAUUCUGUACAGAUCUUUGUACAAGUUUGUUCUAGUUCAUCGUGAUGGCAGACACUCCUCCAAAGUCAUUCAUAGAACAACUUGCCUUCAAACAGCUAGGAGAGAACACAUGGACUACACUACACCCACCCCAACGUAUGGGCAAUGCACUACCGAUUGCAUAUGGUGGCUAUGCACUCGCCGUGGCAUGUAAAGCUGCUUGCCUUUCUGUCCCAGAAGGGUAUCACGUUUACUCGUUUAUGGGCAACUAUCUUGGACCAGCCAUCACCGACCGCCCACUCCGCGCAACUACGAAAACAAUCCGACAAACGCGCACUUUCGCAACACGGCAAGUAGAAGUCAGUCAAAAGCAGGAUGACGGGAAGUUAAGAAUGUGUUUGUUCGCGUCUGCAGACUUCCAAGUCAGGGAGAAGGGCAGCAUGUUCGAAUACUCCCGCCCACCGAGCAAGACGUACAGCAACCAUAUGAGCGUACCUUCCACUCUCGAAGUCGCGUCCGACCUCUUCGCUAAUGGGAAGAUCGAUAAAGGCACCCAUGACGCUUUCGUCAAAGCCUUCUCCGUUUCGGCCUCGCUCUUCGAUGUGCACCCCUGCCCGGAAGGCAUAUUCGCCCAAAACCUCUCCGGCAUCGCAAAAACGCUUCCCCACAAACAAGACCACCUCCCUUUGACCUCGCGCACAACCGCAGACUGGUUCCGCUGCUCCACCGCACUCUCCAACCCAAUCGACCACCUCGCAGCCCUCACAUUCUACAGCGACGGCGCACUCAGCUUCUGCCCGCUGAGUUUCAGCCACUUGUAUCUCGACGACAGCGCCGCAUGUUCAAGUCUAGACUUCGCAUUGAGGUUCUUCAGGGAGGUCGAUGUGAAUCAGUGGCAAUUGAGGGAGAUUAGUACGAAUGCGGGGAGUGAGGGGAGGACAUUUAGUGAGUGCUGGAUUUGGGAUGAGGAGGGAAGGGCGGUGGCGAGUAUGAGCCAGCAGAGUAUUAUGAGGGUGUUGCCGAAGAAGGAAAAGGGGAAGCUGUGAGGCGAUGAGGUUUGGGCGAGUGCGGCUGGCGGAGGCUGUUGUCUUCCAGAAAGGAGCAGUUUGGAAAUCUGUACAAGAACUUAUCAGAUCAUAGAAGGUGUCCUCUGAGGUCGAUUGGGCGAGGUAAAUAGUCAUCCAUUUUUGUAGCCAUAUAGUCUUUAGAUUCUCAUCUGACACCAGCGGAUACUUGGUCCAGUGGCAAGACGUUCGCGAUAUGUAGCGGGAAUGGUAUAUAAAGAGAUGGAGACUGUUGUUCGAAACCCCUGGCGGUGCCGUCGAGUCGACCCCUUGAUCCAUUACCUCGCGCAAGAGACCUGUGUUGAUUCACAGAAUGUCCAGUUUUUUCUGUUCCCCUGUCGCCCUUUCCUGGUUGCUCUUACUUUGCUAGCUGUUUGAUGGGCAUAUUGG